CGUCUUACAUACAAUAAUGCCUCCCAAAAACGACCCGGAAAUUAUAGCACUCAAAAAAGAACUCGAAGAUCUUUAUAAGAAAUUGCAGGAUCUUCAACAAAAAUCGACGGAUGCCAAGCUCGAAGGAGUGUGCGGAGGUGUUUCGGAUAUUCCGAAAAUAAAACUCAUUACACGAAAAUUAAUGAGAGGACAUCUCAACAAAGUAAAUUCGGUCCACUACAGUGGCGACGGAAGACAUUGCGUUACCGGAUCCUUGGAUGGAAAACUUAUUAUUUGGGAUACCUACACCGGGAAUAAAAUACAAAUCAUACCGUUGCGAUCGGCUUGGGUGAUGAGCGUCGCUUACGCAAAUUCUGGAAAUUUCGUGGCUUGUGGUGGUAUGGAUAACGCUUGCACUGUUUAUGACUUGAACAACAGAGACUCUUCUGGAGUCGCUAAAAUGUCUCGAGAGCUGGUAGGAUACGACGGUUUCCUGAGCUCGUGUAGAUUUUUAAGCGACAAGUCGCUUAUUACUGGCUCCGGGGAUAUGAAGAUUUGUCAAUGGGAUUUAGAGACGGGAAGGAAAGUUUCCGAUUUUAUUGCACACAAUGGUGACGUCGUAUCCAUAAGCCUAUCACCGGAUGGCAACAGCUUUGUGACUGGCAGUGUAGAUAAAAGUUGCCGCUUGUGGGAUAUCAGAGACACCAAGCCCAAACAAACGUUUUUCGGUCAUUCAUCUGACGUCAACUCUGUCUGUUUUCAUCCAAGUGGUUACGCCUUUGCUACUGGUUCUGAAGAUAAAACUGCCCGUAUGUUUGACAUCAGGAGCGACCAGCAAAUUGCGGUGUAUAAACCGCCAUCUGCCAAUAGCGGGUUCACUUCGUGCGGUUUAUCCGUGAGCGGUAGAAUAUUAUUUUGCGGUUCGGACGAUAACAAUCUGCACAUUUGGGAUACCUUGAAGUCAGCCCAUAACGGUGUACUUUCCGGCCAUGAAAAUAGGAUUACUUCGUUGUCCGUCGCUCCGAAUGGGUUAGCGGUGACGACUUGCAGUUGGGACCAGAAUGUUCGAGUAUGGGGAUAAAUUGAUAUUGCCCUCGCGAUUUAUAAGGAUUAUUUUUUCGAAAUUCGUACCUAAAAGUUUUAUAUCGACAUAUUAGAAAAAACACAUGUGUUCUAUCUUUAAACAAAUAGGAAUUUAGAGGUUUCAUUAUUUAUUCCGUAAAGGGCUACAUUAGUCUGUUACAAUAUUAAAAUUGUGAAAUAUCUUUAAACACAAUUACUUUUAUUUAUUUCAUGUUCAUAAUGUUAUGAGCGGUUCUGUAUCUAGGUCAAGGUAGAUAAUAAAGUUCGUUUAUUCAA